AUGGCUCCCGAGCACCAACCUCUCACCAUUUUGAUAUGCGGCUCCGGCAUAGCGGGUCCCUGCCUCGCCUUCUGGCUGCACAAAUUGAUUCCAACAUGCCAUAUCACCGUCCUCGAGCGCUCGCCUACCCCGCGCCACGGCGGCCAAGCAGUAGACCUACGCUCCUUUGCCGUGCCCAUCGUCUCGCGCAUGGGCCUACUAGACUCUGUGCGUGACAAGACGACAACAGAAGAAGGCCUACAAUUCGUCUACGCAGAUGGUGUCACCAAGUCCACGUUCCCAGCGAGCGGCAACAUUGAAGCACAGAGCGUGACCUCCGAGUUUGAAAUCCUCCGCAGCGACCUGGCGAAGAUCUUCAUGGACGCAACGCAAUCCCUGGACCGGAUUACCUACAUCUUCGAUGAGAUGGUGUCUUCUAUCGAAGAAACAACCGAUCGCAAGGUAAACGUCACAUUCUCCAACCGUCUGGCACCAGCCACUUACGACCUCGUCGUCGGCGCCGACGGAAUGAUGUCGCGCACACGCCGCCUGAUUUUCGGCCGCGGUCCCAACAACGACGAGUACAUCCGACGACUGGGACAGUACUCCGUGCUAUUCACCAUACCUCGAACAGAGACCGAUACGAAAUUCGCACAGUGGUACAACGCUACCCGAGGUCGCCUUGUGCUUUUGCGUCCAGACGGCUACGGGACUACGCGGGCGUAUGUGGCCGUUACUGAUUCAAAUAUGAGCCGAUUUGAUGAGAUUGAUGAGGCUAUGAGGAAUGGUGAUAGAAAGGCGCAAGAGCAGUGGUUCGAGAGGGAGUUUGAGGGUGUAGGGUGGCAGAGUGAGAGGUGUAUGCGGGAGAUGAAGAAAGCGGAGGAUUAUUACUUGCAGCAGAUCGCGCAGGUCAAGAUGGAGAAAUGGAGUAAAGGGAGCGUGGUACUAUUGGGUGAUGCUGCGUACUGCCCGAGUCCGAUCUCUGGUGUGGGCGCGGGGUCUGCGAUCAUCGGAGCAUACGUGCUUGCGGGUGAGGUGAGCAGAAGCCAGCAUGACAUACCGAAUGCGCUGGAGCAGUACGAGAAGACGCUCAGACCCUACGUGGAGAAGGCACAAAGGCUAUUUCCAGGCGCACCGCAGGUAGCUAAUCCGCAGACAGAGUGGGGUGUGUGGACAUUUAACAAGCUCACGGGUAUUGCAUCAAGUGCGAUUAUGAAGCAAGUUGGCGGCAUGAUCGGGAGGUAUCUCCCUGCUUACGGUGGCACAGCGAAUUCUCCAUUCCCGGAUUAUGAGGUCGCAGCAACUUGA